AUGCACUCCCCUUUCGAUGCUGCGCUCCAGCGUGCGAGGCUCAUUGGGACGAAGUUCUUCUACCGCUUCGGCAUCCAUUGCGCCACGCAUCAAACCCGCCUCAUUCUCGUGUCCUCCGUUGUCAUCACCUCCCUCCUCUUUCCGGCCAUUGCAAGCUACUACUCGUCACAGACGCAAUACUUCGCGGGGUUCACCCUGCGAGUCCUGGACGCCUUCCUCACCCCGGACGAUAUCUCCACCUACUUCGCUCAACACGACCUCAGACAUCUGUGGGAAGGAGAUGCGUGGCUACGCGUGAGGGAGGAUUCCGUUGCCCGGGCACGGUGCGGGUCGGAAGGGCUCUUACGGGAGGAGCGCGUCCUGGUUGGCAGUGUCUCUCCCGAAGACGGCCUCGGGGCCCUCGAUAUCAGUACGCUUCUCUCCUCAUUCAACCUUGAGCGGCGUAUCGCGGACUCUCUCGCCACGCGCAAUGUCCCCUGCCUCAAGGUGCCAGGCGGCUCGUGCUUCUCGCUCGGCCCGUCCGUCUUCUGGGGACACGACUCGGUCGCACUUCGUUCGGAUGAGAACAUUCUCGAAACUAUCAACAACUCGCCAAACAUCUCCAUCGCUGGGAUCCCCGUCACUCCGGAAAUGGUCCUCACUGGGCGAGAACGGGUGAACCCUACGUCAACUUACGCCGACUCCGCCACCUUUUUGGUCCUCACGUACUUUUUCCACGACAAGGACUGCUUCGGACACGACGGCCACUUCCAGUGGCUUCACGCGCUCGAAGAUGCAGUGGAGAGCGAGAACGCAGGGGAACUGGUAGUGCUAGCACAGCGACCACAGCUAGUCGCCCUCGAGUUCCGGAACAACGCGUCCCUGAAAAGCAAUCUCUCGAUGCUCUCGGCAUUCACCUAUGUCACCUACACGGUGUUCGGCAUCUACUGCUUCCUGCUAUUCCGGCGCAUGGACAUGGUGCAUUCGCGCAUCGGUUUGGCGUUUACAGGACUCGUCGAGAUUGUCGUUAGCACCAUCACUAGCGUCAGUGUAUGCGCUUUGGUCGGCUUCCGUGUCACUAUGGUCCCACUCGAGCUAUUCCCAAUCAUCCUCGUCUUCAUUGGUGUCGAGAACAUGUCUAGCAUUGUUGACGCAGUGGUGAAGACCUCGAUCUCCUUGCCCGUCAAGGAAAGAAUCGCUCAGGGGCUCAGCUACGCGGGAACAUCCAAUACGCUCAAGGUCGUGUCAUACAACGCGGUGUUGGGAGUGAUCGCGGUUUUCUCCACGGGCGCGAUCAGACAAUUUUGCGCUUUCUCCAUCGUUGUCCUGGUCGCCCACUGGUUCCUUGUCCACACGUUCUUCGUAACCGUACUCGAUGAGUUACUACGCCAGAACGCCAAUUUGACACCAUCAGUUAUCGCCGACCCACGAAAGUCCACCGCCUCGUUGAAGAAGACAAAGCUUGGCUCCACAUGGGAUAGGCUACAAGACGCUAUGCAUGGGCGGCCCGCGAAAAACAUCAGCUUCUUCCUGCUUCUUGCGAUAACCGCCGCAUUGUAUUACACGACCUAUUCCCCGACGGGCGGCAACGCGCAUGCAGUCAAAACGCCAGCUCGUAACCCCCUGGCUCAGCUCUCACAAGCACGUAACAUCACCCCCGACAGCGUGUCCCCCGCUGAACGCCUGUGGAAAGUCAUCAACCCCACCUCUGGCUCCCUGGUCCACAUUCGCAUAGAAUCCCCGACUAUCCUCCUUCUUGGCGGCACUAACACGGAGGCAUUGGACGACAUUUCCGCUGAGUCGGACAAGCCCUCUCGGCCUCGUCUUCCCCGCAUCUGGAGCCGAACGAUGCGUCAACUCGAAUGGUUGUUGAAGAUUUUCGUCGUGCCCAUCACGGCCACCACGAUGACCCUCUACGGUCUUCUUCUUUACCUCCUCAAGGACGCGGAGCUUCUCGAGGCGCAGCGACAAGCCCCCGAACCCGAGUCCCCCAGCGAUGAGCUGUCAGCUGUGGAGGGGAGUAUUUCGUUUUCGACACUACCUCGCGUGUUCGCCACCGAUGUGGAGCUCAUUGCAACAAGUGAAGAUGGGAAAGUCAUCGCUACAGUCGGGUUGCAGAACGAACUGGUCAUCUGGCGAACGGAGACGCAAUCCCAUGUAUCCGUUGACACUUCGAACUUCGUCCUCGGAGGCACCAGCAUCCCCUCGACCGCCAACGCCAUUACAGCCAUUGCGAUGAACCCCCUUGGCAACGUCUGCGCGGUCGGCACUGGCUCGGGUACUGUCGCGGUCUUUCUCAUUGGCGUCGGACGGAUCAAACCUCUCCCCCACUUCCAGCUCGAGCAUCUCACGUCCGGUGUCACCUCCCUUUACUUCACCGGAACGCUCAAAUUCGCGUCCGGCGCUAUCACCCCCUUGCGAGCGACCACAGAAUCUCCCACCGCACUCACCUGUCGGCUCUAUACGGCCUAUGAGAAUGGCGCGAUUGUGGAAUGGGAUGUGCUGUCCUUCAAUUCCGGCCGUUAUGUGACACCCUCUCGGGCCGCGUCCGUCAUCAAGUCUAUGCUCCUCCCGAUCCAAGGCGAUGGCCGGCUACUCGUCGCCUUCUCGUUGGACGAUGGUGUCCUGGAGAUCUGCAACGUUGAACAGGCCAACCCGGUACUUAAGGGCGAAUGCGCAAUCAACGCGGGCAACCCAUCCGACCUCGUCUCGAAGGCGCACGCAUGCUUGGUCGAGCUCGAUGGGGCGAAGCGCGUCAUCGUGGGCGCUGCGUCUCAAGCGGGGGUCAUCUCCCUCUGGGAGGCGAGCACAGUCGAGUGUUUGUUCAUCCUCGACGAGCCGUUCGGCGACAUCAACCUCCUCAGGCUUUCCCCCGUUCAGGUCUCCGAGUGCACAACGUGCGGCGAGCUCCCCGUCGAGAACUUUUCCAUCACGUUCUCGGUCGGGCAUGUCGUCCAGUUUUACCGCGCAUACUUGACGCUCCCAACACGUCGUUGCGCCUGCCCUCGCAAUAUCCCCCAGCAAGCUCCCCGCUCAAGUCUCCUCACUUCCUCCAUCCGUCCUCGCAGUAGUAGCAACGCUUCCGCCGGCUCCACAGGGGCCAACACCCCCGUGCGCAUACGCUCCCGCCGCCCCUCGCUCUCUUCCUCUUCCCCAUCCACCUUCCCUGUCUCUGGCCACGGUGUGCACUCGCGCCGCGCGUCAGAGAAAGACACCAUUCGCCGCGCCUCCGAGUCCUUUUUGCUCAGCAACCCGGACUACUACGAGUACGACGCGCCCAUCGGGCCACAGGACGUGACGCCCGCGUCGAGCUUCCUCGCCGCACAUGCUCAACCGUCAAUCUGGCAGAGCCUCGUCGUCGUUCGCGUCGCGGAGACGACCGUUGAACGCGGGGCGUGGGACGUUGGACUUGACAAGAUCGUCGGCAUCCGCCGCCGCCCGCGACCAGCGCUCACCAAACGCACGAGCAGCGACCUCCACGCGCAGGCGCAGCUCGCCGCAGACCAGCCAGGUGGCCUCACCCCCGCUGCGCUCGACCGAUGGGAGCUCUGGACGUUCGACCCACUCGAACGGAAGGUCGUGCCCGCUCCACUGCUAGCGCUCAGCCAUGCGCCACCCUCGCCGAAGCGACGGCGGCAGGAGUCGGUCGCGGCCGGGAGCGGGAGCUGGGGACGCGCUGGCGCGCCCGCCGCGGCGAAGCGGAGGACGGCGGUGCCGCGGCUGCACUUCACGCGCGUGUCGCCGUUUGUGUGCACGCCGUCGUGUUGCCUUGGCGGGUUCGGGAAUACGGUGGGGAUGUUCCGCUUCACGAUCCCGCCGCGCGUGGGCGGCUUGGCCGCGCCCAGCUCUCCUCCUAGGCCUUCCAAGGACGGGCGCAAGGAUUGA